GAAUGGUCUCAACCAACUCCACUUCCGGUUCUAGGUGUUAUGGCUGCCUCGAGUGUCUAGUAGUUUGCACCCGUGGCGAGAAAGAUCUAAGACCCACAUACCGAGACUAGCGAAGUAAAGUUGAGUCUUCGUUGUGGAGGCAAUAACUUCUCCGAUUCCUCGGAGAUGGCAGCGUCCGGGAGCGGUAUGGCUCAGAAAAGCUGGGAAUUGGCCAACAACAUGCAGGAAGCCCAGAGUAUCGAUGAAAUCUACAAAUACGACAAAAAACAGCAGCAAGAAAUCCUGGCAGCGAAGCCCUGGACUAAGGAUCACCAUUACUUUAAGUACUGUAAAAUCUCAGCACUGGCUCUGUUGAAAAUGGUAAUGCAUGCCAGAUCAGGAGGCAACUUGGAAGUGAUGGGUUUGAUGCUUGGAAAAGUGGAUGGUGAAACCAUGAUCAUUAUGGACAGUUUUGCUUUGCCUGUAGAGGGCACCGAAACCCGAGUAAAUGCUCAAGCUGCUGCAUAUGAGUACAUGGCCGCAUACAUAGAAAAUGCCAAACAGGUUGGCCGCCUUGAAAAUGCAAUUGGCUGGUAUCACAGCCACCCUGGCUAUGGCUGUUGGCUUUCUGGGAUUGAUGUCAGCACACAGAUGCUUAACCAGCAGUUCCAGGAACCAUUCGUAGCAGUAGUUAUUGAUCCAACAAGAACAAUAUCUGCAGGGAAAGUGAAUCUUGGGGCUUUUAGGACAUACCCAAAGGGCUACAAACCUCCUGAUGAAGGACCUUCUGAGUAUCAAACUAUCCCACUAAAUAAAAUAGAAGACUUUGGUGUACAUUGCAAACAAUACUAUGCCUUAGAAGUCUCAUAUUUCAAAUCAUCUUUGGAUCGCAAAUUACUUGAGCUCUUGUGGAAUAAAUACUGGGUGAAUACACUGAGUUCCUCUAGCUUGCUUACUCUGUAAAACUACCAUAGAAGCCAUCCAUGGAUUGAUGUCUCAGGUUAUUAAGGAUAAACUAUUUAAUCAAAUUAACAUCUCUUAAACAGUCACUGAGUAGUAUUUUUGCCUGAAAGCUGGUAUGUGAAAAAUACUCAACACUUAAAAUCCAGUUACCAAAAACCUGAUUAGAAGUAUAAGGUGCUCUGCCGUGUCCUGAAUAUUAACAUCCUGUAAUAAAACUCUAUAAAAUGAAA